AAAACAGCUGAGGCGCGUUUUAUACCAUUGCAACUGCCUUUUAUGCCAAAAAGAAAAUGAAAUUACGCCAAUAUUUUCAUUCUUUUUAUAUUUUUUAGUUCAAGAGUUUAUUUGCACUGGGAAAAAACAACAUAGGAUAAUUUGUCAACUUAUUGGACAAAAAAGUUUUCUGCAGGCCAAAAAAAACGAAAUUUUGUCAAUUUUUCCAUUCUCUGUAUAUUUCGUAGUUCAAGAGUUUAUUUAUAAAAUGACUGGUAAAAUCGAUUAAUUUGUCAAUUUAUUGGACAAAAAUGUUUUGGCGGCAAACUAAAGCAUGCGUGUUAAUGAUUUCGGCCGCAGUUUUUAUCGUCUCAGCCCAUUUCUAUCUAGAAAAGAUAACUGCGACCCAGAAUUUUUACAAACCGGGGAUAAAUUUUACAAAUCAGUUCAAUCUAUGCACAUUGAAAGAGCACAUCAUCAAUACCUCGGCCGCGGCGAGUCCGCAAAAGGAAACAACAAUCACUACCACCCCUCACCCAGAGAGCAGUAGGACAAUUGAGCUCUAUGAUUACCAUCGACUUUGGGAUCCAGUAAGACCAGAUAUUUGGAUCACAAAGGAUACUAGCACUCCUUGCAACCAAAUUCCACAAAAGUACAGCAACUACACAAAAGUAUUAAUUUUGGUCUUAUCGCAAUCUGCAAACUCAGAUCGACGAAAACUAGUCCGAGGCACUUGGGCAUCCGAGGCUAGUUUGUCUACGCAACGAAGUUCAGCUGUUUACUACAAAGUUUUAUUCGUUCUGGGAAGAAGUACAAACCAUUUAGCAUUUCACCCGGAGCAAAAACAGCACGAAUAUGAUGUUAUUCAAGCUGAUGUCACUGAAACAUACAGAAACCUAACCUUGAAAUCACAAAUGGGAAUCGACUUUGCAGUUAACCAAUGCUCAAACUUUGAUUUUGUCAUGAAAACUGACGACGACAUGUAUUUGAACAUGGACCUCAUCUCUAAGUUUGUUUUGGAUAUUAAACGCAAACAAAAACCGGUUUUUGCUGGAAAAUGUUUCUUUGGAAAUGGACCGCAUAGAAACAAAGGGAGUAAAUGGUACAUUGACAAAGCCCAAUACCCGGAUAAACUAUAUCCGCCGUUCUGUGUAGGGGCUCUUUACAUGAUGACUAUGGACAUUGCAAUCAAAUUGCGCGGGCAGUACAGAUAUGUGAAGCCAAUUUUCCUCGAAGAUGUUUUCACGGGAAUGUGCCUGAAAAAAUUAAACUUCAAGCCGACCAGUAUAAACAAACUAAUCGAAAACUCCGUGCCUAAUCGCCGAGCACUGACAAUACGGCAGCCUUCAUCGAAAUUUGCUGUGCAUUUGAGUGACAUGUUCCGCGCUAUGCCCCAGGUGUAUGAGUCUGUAACCAAGCAUGGGGAUAACAUUAAAGAGAUUAGAAUUAAAACUUCUGCUGGAAACAACCAAUCAGAAUCCGUUUCAGUCUGGG